AUGGAGAAUCCUUGCGAGGUACUCGGUUCCAAAGGGUUGAUUAGAAGGCAUGAAUUCGUUAGGAUCAUAAUCCAGUGUCUAUAUUCAUUAGGUUACAGCAACUCUGCGUCGUGUUUGGAGUUAGAAUCUGGCGUUUCGUACAAGUCCAAUGAGCUUAAGUUGCUUGAAUCACUUAUAUUGAAUGGGAAUUGGGAAGAUAGCAUUGAAUAUCUCAAUUCCAUACAGGAUGUGUUGGGGGAAACAAGGGAAUCUGCGAUGUUUCUUGUUUUCAGACAGUGUGUUAUGGAGUAUUUGAAUUGCGGUGAAGAUGCGUUAGCUUUAGGGGUAUUAAGGAAACAGGUUUCUGCCUUGGAUGUGGACAACUGCAAAGUUCACAGUCUGGCUAUGUGCUUACUUUCAUUCAAGGAUAGAGAAUUAGGUGGAAUUGGUGAUGAUGAUGUUGUUGUACGUGAUUUGAGAAGAAAGUUGAUAGCAGAUUUGGAAAAUUUGUUGCCUCCUCCGAUUUCAUUGCCUGAAGCAAGGCUGGAGCACUUGGUAGAAUCUACUGUUACGGCCUGGGUCGAUUCGUGUAUGUAUCAUAGUUCGUCAAAUCGGCUAUCGCUUUAUGAGGAUCAUUGCUGCAGUAGGGAUCAGAUUCCUACUAGAACGACUCAGAUUUUGACUGGACAUAAAAAUGAAGUUUGGUUUGUUCAAUUUUCUAAUAAUGGGGAGUACCUAGCCUCUUCAUCCAAUGAUUGCACUGCCAUCAUAUGGAAGGUGCUGGAGGAUGGGAUAUUGACACUGAAACACACACUUAAUGGUCACCAACAUGCUGUAUCUUUUGUAGCAUGGAGUCCUGAUGACACCAAGUUACUAACAUGCGGGAACACAGAAGUUUUGAAGCUGUGGGAUGUGGAAACAGGUACAUGCAAGCACACAUUUGGGAAUCAAGGCUUUGUUGUCAGCUCUUGUGCCUGGUUUCCCAACUCAAAACAAUUUGCGUGUGGCAGUUCUGACCCUGAAAAGGGUGUUUGCAUGUGGGAUUGUGAUGGAAACGUGAUCAAAUCAUGGAGAGGAAUGAGGAUGCCCAAGGUUGUUGAUCUUGCUGUUACUCCAGACGGUGAGUAUCUUAUCAGCAUCUUUAUGGAUAAAGAAAUUCGUAUUCUGCAUAUGGGAACAAAUGCUGAGCGAGUCAUUUCAGAGGAGCACCCAAUCACAUCCCUUUCAGUUUCAGGAGAUAGUAAGUUCUUCAUUGUCAAUCUAAACAGUCAGGAGAUUCAUAUGUGGGAUGUGGCUGGGAAAUGGGAUAAGCCAUCGAGGUUUACGGGCCACAAGCAACACAAGUAUGUUAUAAGGUCAUGCUUUGGUGGAUUGAAUAACACUUUUAUCGCCAGUGGUAGUGAAAAUUCACAGGUAUACAUUUGGAACUGCCGGAACCCGACUCCUAUAGAGGUUCUAUCUGGGCACUCCAUGACUGUAAACUGUGUGAGCUGGAACCCCAAAAUACCACAAAUGUUGGCAUCUGCGAGUGAUGAUUACACAAUUCGUAUAUGGGGACCCAGCUUCCUUAAAAUGGGAAUGCCAAAUUGA